AUGGCUCUGUGCUGCGCGUGGAGGCCACUGCCUCGGCACCUUCGCCCUUUGAGAGCUCUCCUGGGAGCCCUGGCCCCUCGGGACUGCAGCCUGCUGACAGAGAAGAGGGCAGCGAGGUGGAAGGUGGCAGCAAACAGGGAGUGCUGUGGCCUGCCAGGUUCCUCGUGGGAGGAGAGGUUGGCAAACGCGGUGACUCCACUGUGGAGACUCCCCUAUCAAGAGCAGCUGCAGGUGAAGUAUGAAAGCCAGAGGAAGAUUUUUCAAACGCUGACCUCUCGUCUUGAGGAGCUGAGCACAGAUGUGCAGAAAUCUGGUGGACUCUGCUGUCCUCUCCGGCCUGUAGUCGCUUCGCCUGUCAUUAAUGGCUACCGAAACAAAUCUACUUUCUCUGUGAACCGAGGGCCAGAUGGGAACCCCAAAACCGUGGGGUUGUAUGUGGGAACUGGCAGAGAAAGAAAUAUUGUCUGUGUGAAAGCCAGCCACAUGGAGAACAUACCGCCAAAACACAAACAAGUGGCCCAGUGCUAUGAGGAGUUCAUACGUCGCUCCUCCCUGGACCCCUGCAUCCUCUUCCACGAAGGUGGGCACUGGCGGGAGCUGGUGGUACGCACCACCAGCCGUGGCCACACCAUGGCUAUCGUCACCUUCCACCCCCAGCAGCUGAGCCAGGAGGCACUGGCUACUCAGAAAGCAUUGCUUAAGGAAUUCUUCACCUGUGGGCCUGGAUCAGUCUGUGCCUUGACUUCACUUUAUUUCCAAGAGAGCACCAUGACACGCUGCUCCCACGAGCAGUCCCCCUUCCAGCUCCUUCACGGAGAACCGCACAUCUUUGAAGAAGUGCUCGGCCUGAAGUUUCGCAUCUCUCCGGAUGCCUUUUUCCAAGUAAACACGUGUGGAGCAGAAGUUCUGUACCAGGCAGUCGGGGAGCUGAGUCAGGCUGGUGAGGACACCGUUCUCCUCGACGUCUGCUGUGGAACGGGUACAAUUGGUCUCUCUCUGGCACACCAAGUGUCCAGGAUUAUUGGUAUAGAGGUGGUGGAGAAGGCAGUAGAGGAUGCCAGGUGGAAUGCAGCGUUCAAUGGAAUUUCAAACUGUGAGUUUCACAGUGGAAAGGCAGAGGCCGUGUUACCACAACUCCUGUCAUCGUGGGAGGAUGCUCGGCCCCUUGUUGCUGUGGUGAACCCGUCUCGAGCUGGGCUCCAUUACAAGGUUGUGCAAGCCAUCCGAAACUGCAAGUCCAUCCGAAGGCUGCUCUACAUCUCCUGCAAGCCAGAGGGUGAAGCCAUGAGGAACUUUCUUGAGCUCUGCUGCCCAGCUGACCCAGGGAAGAAGUUGGCAGGAGAACCGUUCACCCCCAUGUUGGCUAUACCUUUUGACAUGUUUCCUCAUACCGCCCAUUGUGAGCUGGUGCUGCUGUUCACCCGCUGA